ACUCUACUCACCGUCUCGAGUAUCGAAUUGCUUCGGAUUUUGAACCAAGUCAUGGGUGUCGUUGAAAAGAUCAAAGAAAUCCAAGGCAUGAUCGAAUCCAUUGGCUGUCAGUAGUGCUCUCGUAACUGCUGAACAGAGGAGAUGGCGCGGACGCAGAAGAACAAGGCGACGGAAUACCACUUGGGUCUGUUAAAGGCGAAACUCGCGCGCUAUCGGGCACAGCUUCUCGAACCCACCACGAAAUCUGGGCCAGCCGGAGUCGGGUUCGAUGUCCAAAAAGCUGGAGAUGCGCGAGUCGCUCUCAUCGGUUUCCCGUCUGUGGGCAAAUCUACUUUGCUCAGCAAGACGACUCACACCGCGUCCGAAGUCGCGUCAUACGAGUUCACUACUUUGACCGCAAUCCCCGGUGUCAUUGAGUACGAAGGAGCGCGAAUCCAGCUGUUGGAUCUUCCAGGGAUCGUCGAAGGUGCCGCGCAGGGCAGAGGACGAGGUAGACAAGUGGUUUCUACUGCCAAGACGGCGGAUUUGAUUGUGAUGAUGCUGGAUGCGACGAAAUCAGAAGAGCAGAGGAAUCUUCUCGAAAUCGAGCUGGACGCAGUGGGCAUCAGAUUGAACAAACACAAGCCAGACAUUGUCUUCAAGAAACGCACCACCGGUGGGAUCACCUUCACCACCACCGUCAAGCUCACGAAAACAGACGAGAAGACGAUCCGUACCAUCCUCGCAGGCUACAAACUACACAACUGCGACGUCAUGAUACGGGAGGACAUCACAACGGAUGACUUUAUUGACGUUCUGAUCGGAACUAGGAAAUACAUUCCUUGUCUCUAUGUAUACAACAAAAUCGACGCCAUCAGUCUCGAGCAAGUGGACAAGCUAGCGCGGACGCCCAAUACGGUGGUCAUAAGCUGCGAGAUGGAUCUCAACCUCGACUAUCUCAUCGAGCGAAUGUGGGCUGAGUUGAACCUGGUCAAGGUGUACACGAAAAAACGCGGUGAUCAUCCGGAUCUGACGGAUCCUAUCUGUCUGAGAGCGGGGGCGACCGUCGAGGAUGUGUGCAAUGGAGUGCAUCGGUCACUGGCCACCAACUUCAGAUACGGGCUUGUCUGGGGCCGAUCGAGCAAGUUUGCACCGCACGCACAGAAAGUCGGCCUUUCUCAUCAAGUGCAAGACGACGAUGUUGUAUCCAUCUUCACGAAAUGAAUGCCAAAUGCUUGUGCACUUUUCUACCGCUGUAUUACUAGUACUACAUCUACUUUUGCUCGCAGUUACACCACCCGCGUAGCCUGUCUGCGUGUCAGAACCGCCAUCACGCGCUGCGUCUGCUAACAGAAACACACACCUGGUCCGUCUCUAUCUGGUGUAUCCACCCGGUGAUCUUCGUGCCCUUCAUGAUAAGCGGGCUGGACUUCAAGAACUCGACGUCGUCGCGGACAGACUGCUCGAGGUCCGAGAACUCAAGGAAGUCGAUCCCGUCGACCUGCUGCGCGCACACAUGGUCGCCGGGGCUCGCCCACUUGACGAGCUGCUUGAGCUCCGGGCCGUUGAACGUGACCAUCCCGCAGCCCGUGUGGUGGUAGACCGCGAUCUCGCGCGUGCCGAGCAGGCGCUGGGAGAUGAUCAGGCUGCGCAGCGCGUCCUUCCUGCGAACAACGAAGAUCACGUCACGUCGGGUAUGGGACGGCGGGAGAGACCGCGAAAGAGAGCAACGCACGCCAUGCCCCCGGCGUUGCGGAUGAUAUGCGCGUCGCCCUCCUUGAAGCCGAGCUGCUUGAACGGGCUGGUGCGCCUGGUGAAUCUCGGGCACGGCAGUCGCGCGGGGAGGGACGUUACUUUAUCCGCGCGUCCAUGCAGGUCACUGUGGGAAGCAGCGCGUUGGUCAGGACGAGAGAUGGGCGGAAUAGGGAGCAGGACGCCUGACCGAUGGCAAGCUUUUUGGCGGGGGGCAUGGCAAUUGGAGGGUCCCGAUGCCUCUCCGGCAAUGCGCGUCGUGCGGUCGACGAUAUGCCCCGUCCUGCCGCAUUUCGCACGAGGGCGCCGGGCGCGGAGGAGAGUUUUGAAGUAACAUGAGGUAGGAGGAGGAGGAGGAGGAGGAGGAGGAGGAGAGCAAGGCG